AUGCAGUUCGAUCAUGAGGGCCGUGAACGAGUCGUGAGCUACCAGUCACGACAGAUGAAGCCGGCAGAGAAGAACUAUCCGGUUCACGAUAAGGAACUGCUAGCGAUGCGCUAUGCACUCAUCAAGUUUCGUGUCCACCCACUGGGCGAACGCACGUUCGACCUGUAUACUGAUCAUGCAUCGCUGCGAACAGCAAUGAAGAGCCCACACCUGUCACAGCGGAUGGCACGGUGGCUCUCUUUAUUCUCCGAGUACAACUUCGUCGUGCACUACAAGCCAGGAAAGACCAACAUUCUUGCUGACGCACUGUCACGACGCCCAGAUUACGAUCCUCGUAUGGCACUGAGUCGUCAGGCAACUGACGACGAAGAUGAAGACGAUCGAUGUGCGACGUGUGUGUCGUUGAAUCUAACUCGGGUCACACCCGAGUUACGCCUUUUCGAUGAAUUUGUCGCGGCUUACGCGAACGACCCGGAUUACGCGGACAUUAUCGCCUAUCUGCGCGCUCCCAGUGAGGCUGCACUGGGAGCUCUUUCGCGAACGAAGCGUGAUUACAUUCAACGAUACAUUAUGGACGGUGAUUUGCUGUCAUAUAGCAUCGACAAAUUCGAUGCACCUCGAACGGUGAUUGCGAAUGACUUGGAUUUGCGUGCUCGUAUCAUCCACGAGUACCAUGAUGCCCCAAUUGGCGGUCAUCUGGGCCGCGAAAAGACAUUCGCGGCUGUCUCGCGUGACUUCUUCUGGCCCCACAUGUACAAAUGGGUUCGCAACUGGGUUUGCACCUGCGAAAUAUGUCAGCGCGUGAAGCCAUCUCCAUCGUCGCAGGCACCCCUGCGACCCCUGCCAAUUGCAGCUGAGGCUUAA